AUGAGUCGACAGCAGCAGCAGCAGCAGCAGCAGCAGCAGCAGCAGCAGCAGCAGCAGCAGCAGCAGCAGCAGCAGCAGCAGCAGCAGCAGCAGCAGCAGCAGGGGGAGGGAGCCUCCCUGCUUACUGCGCCGAUGCGUGCCGGUGUGCGCAGGUUCUGGGAGUGGGAGGGUCACAAGAUCCGCUAUCAGCGCAGCGGCGACGGCGGCCCGGCGGUGCUGCUGGUCCACGGCUUUGGCGGCAACUGCGACCACUGGCGCAAGAACAUCCCCGAGCUGGCUAAGGGGGGCCACCGCGCCUAUGCGAUUGACCUCCUCGGUUACGGCUACAGUGACAAGCCAGACCCUAGGUCAGCGCCUCCGAACAGCAUUUACUGCUUUGAGACUUGGGGCCGCCAGCUGGUGGACUUCAUAGAGGAGAAGGUGCAAGAUGAUGCCACCAUCAUCGCCAACAGCGUGGGAGGCCUGGCGGGGCUGCAAGCGGCGCUGUACGCGCCCGAGCGCGUCCGCGGGGUGCAGCUGAUCAACAUAUCCCUGCGCGGGCUGCACGUCGAGCGCCAGUCGCCGCUGCAGCGGCCGCUCGUGGCGCUGCUGCAGAAGGUCCUGAAGGAGACGCAGCUGGGGCAGGCGUUCUUCGGGAACGUGGCCAAGCCGCAAACCGUCAAGAAGAUUCUGCAGCAGUGCUACGCACAAAAGGAGACGGUCACGGAUGAGCUGGUUGAUUGCAUCCUCAAGCCGGGUCUGCAGCCUGGCGCAGCGGAGGUGUUCCUGGACUUCAUCAGCUAUUCUGGCGGCCCCCUGCCCGAGUCCCUCAUACAGCAGGUGCAGGUGCCCGUGUCGCUGCUGUGGGGGGCGGAGGACCCUUGGGAGGACUGCCGUGAGGGGCGCCGGCUGUUUGCGUCGCUGCCGCCGGUGACAGAGUUUGUGGAGCUGCCCGGCUGCGGCCACUGCCCGAUGGACGAGGCGCCGCAGCUCGUCAACCCGCGCAUCAAGGCGUUUGUGGCGGCGUGCACGGCGCCGCGCGGCGUGGCGGGCGUGCCGGCAGGCGCAUAG